AUUAGCUGUCCGGAAAGAGCCAAGGAAUGACAAUUUUCGCGGCAGUGCGGGACUUUUAAACAGCUGUCCGGGAUUGCGGAUUGUUCAAAGAAAAUCGUGACUGUCUCGGGCAAAGCGAUAAUAAAAACAAAAUGGCAGUUCCGUUUGUUGAAGACUGGGAUCUGGUCCAGACUCUUGGAGAGGGGGCAUAUGGAGAAGUGCAGCUGGCAGUGAACCGGAAAACUGAAGAAGCGGUAGCAGUGAAGAUUGUGGACAUGACACGUGCAGCUGAUUGCCCAGAAAACAUCAAAAAGGAGAUCUGUAUCAAUAGGAUGCUCAGUCACACAAAUAUUGUAAGAUUUUAUGGACAUCGAAGGGAAGGCAACAUUCAGUACCUCUUUCUGGAGUAUUGUCGAGGUGGUGAGCUCUUUGAUCGCAUAGAGCCUGAUGUUGGAAUGCCUGAGCAAGAUGCACAGAAAUUUUUUCAGCAACUGAUUGCUGGUGUGGAAUACCUGCACAGCAUUGGAAUAACUCACAGAGAUAUCAAGCCUGAGAACUUGCUUUUAGAUGAACGAGAUCAGCUGAAAAUCUCUGACUUUGGUUUAGCAACGGUAUUCAGACACAAUGGCAAAGAAAGACUUUUAAGCAAGAUGUGUGGAACCCUUCCCUAUGUUGCACCAGAACUGAUUAAAUCCAGGGCCUUUCAUGCCGACCCAGUGGAUGUGUGGUCAUGUGGAAUUGUGCUGACUGCCAUGUUAGCAGGAGAGUUACCAUGGGAUCAACCAAACGAAGUAUGCCAGGAGUAUUGUGAUUGGAAGGAAAAAAAUCAUUAUCUCACUCCAUGGAAAAAAAUUAGUGCUACCCCUCUUGCAUUGCUGGGUAAAAUGUUAACAGAAAAUCCACAAAGCAGAAUCACUAUUCCAGACAUAAAGAAGGACCGUUGGUUUACAGAAAUAAUCAAAAAAGGACUUAAGAGAAGCCGCGUUAUCUCCGGAGGCUCUUCAGAUUCUUCAGUGCUUUGCAAGCAGAUUCGAUCAGAUAUAGAUAUUUCACACUUCUCUCACAGCGAAGAGAAAACUGCACUUUCAAGUACGCAACCAGAGCCACGGACUGCAUUGGCAACAUGGGACAGCAAUAGUUCUGACAUAAACAAUUUAGUUCAAGGAAAAGGCAUCAGUUUCUCUCAGCCUGCCUGUCCUGACAACAUGCUGCUGAACAGCCAGUUGAUUGGUACUCCAGGCUCCUCUCAGAAUGUUUGGCAGCGUUUGGUCAAAAGGAUGACCAGGUUCUUUACAAAAGUGAAUGCCGAAAGUUCUUAUAGCAAUUUGAUGGACACUUGUGAAAAGAUGGGAUAUGUUUUAAAGAAGUCUUGUGCUAACGAGGUGACCCUAUCAACUACUGACAGAAGAAAUAAUAAAUUAAUAUUUAAGGUGAACCUUGUGGAAAUGGAAGACCGGAUUCUGUUAGAUUUUAGACUUUCUAAGGGUGAUGGGCUGGAGUUCAAAAGGCAUUUUCUGAAGAUCAAAAAGAAGAUGGAUGCUGUUGUUGCAGUCCAAAAAGUUCUGUCUGCCACUUGAUCUGUAAUUUAAGGUUACAUCGGAAUAUGUUGUUUGGACCAUUACCCUCCUCCACACAUUGCUAUUUAAUAUUUUGCUCGUCCGUCAUUUUUUUUGUUCUCCAACCAAGGAUGGCACUUGUACACAAUAACUUUUCAGCUUGUGGAUUAGAGGCAUUGGUGAUUAUAAAUGAUACGAAGAUCAGGCUAUGCUUGAACUUUUCUCAAAAAUGAGGAAAUGACUUAGAGUUGUAGUUGGUCCUCAGCACAGUGUACUACUCACUGAUUUCUCCCUUUUGUGAGUUUACUUAUUUGUUCGUUUUUCCGGUUCCUUUUAAGGGUACUCAGUGGACCAAUUAAUCACAAGUCUUGUUAUCACUAACUGUUGGUUUUGUUUACAUUGGCAGUUUUUGUCCACUUCAGGGAUGCAGCUAUUUCAUGUACUUACCCAAUUAAGUUACUGUAUCUUUAUGCACAAGGACCAUGGCCAUUACACAAUUUCAAUUUAGAUAGAAUUAGUCUUUUUAAGUAUGUUGUAAGGGCUGUAUGCCUAUUAUUCUGUGCACUUCAUAAUAAAAUCGUAACUUAA